AUGGCUGCCUGUGACCUGGACAAUACCCAUGACAGCCUGCACAGCCUUCUGCGACAGCGCAUGGCGUGCAGCAACACGCUUCACUGCGACAGCGGCUACAGCUCCGCUAACCACUCCAGACAGACGUCCUUUGCACGGACUUCAUCUUCACCCGACUGGAGACUGAACGGCCCGCGGCGGCCGGCACCGUUCGUCCGUCUCUCGGACGAGCUGGCGCUACGCGUGUUCUCGCAUCUGUCGGCGGACGAGCUGAGCCGGUGCGCGCGCGUCUGCCGGCGCUGGCGCCGGCUGGCCUGGCAGCCGUGCCUCUGGACCGACAUCAGGCUGACGGGCGGCUGCGCUGACCCGGACGGCGCCCUCGGCCACAUCUUCCGCCUGCUGGGCCGCCGCCAGCCGGGCGCGCUCUGCCCAGCCGUGCUGCGCGUCCGGCUGGACGGCUGCUCGCGCCUGACGGACGCCGGCCUGGCGCAGCUGGCGCACCGCUGUCCGCAGCUGCGCCGGCUGGAGCUGCGCCUGACAGACGGCACGCUGGGCCUGGUGGCCGGCCGGUGUCCGGCUCUGCGCGAGCUCAGCGUGGCCGACUGUCCCCGGAUAACGGACGUGGGCGUGCGCCGGCUGGCCCCGCUCGGACCUGGCCUGCGCCACCUCAGCCUGGCGCACUGCCGGACCGUCUCGGACGCUGGCGUCGCGCAGCUGGCGCUCAGCUGCCGCCGUCUGCGCUACCUGAACGUGCGCGGCUGCGCAACUGUUGGCGACGCGAGUGACGCGAGCGACCUGGGUCUCCGGCUGCUCGCGCAGCACUGCCCGGACCUGAGGAGGCUCAGCGUCAGGGGCUGUGAGAUGGUGAGCGACGCGGGGGUCAGGCUGGUCGCCCUCCACUGCCGCGGCCUGCGGCAGGUCAGCGUGCAGGACUCGGCUGUGACGCUCGAGGGCUGCCGCACGGUAAAGAAGUACUGCAAACGCUGCACCAUCGAGCACUCCAGACCCGGCUUCUACUGA